AUGGGUGCUUUCUCUCUGGUCUUGGCCACUGGUCUUGCUCUCCUCAGCGGAGCGCAUGCUGCAGAAACACCGGUCCAAGAAUGGGGUUACGGACCCGGGUAUCACGUCCACCUUCCCAAGGGAUUCAAGAAGGCACUCUUUGUUGAGAACUUUGCCCUGUACCUGCCCGGUUCCCUUCCUUCUACCUCCAAAUGGGCCUUUGACUUGGGCACAUCCUAUCCCGGUGGUCCGGAGGGCUGGGGCACCGGCGAAGUCCAGACCUACACCGCCUCCACCGACAACAUCGUCAUCACUACUUCCGGAACACUCCAAAUCACACCGGUCAAGGACCCAGUAACGGGUAAUUGGACAUCCUCCCGGAUCGAGACUGUCGCAGCUAGAGAUAUUGUCUGUCCUCCUGGCCAGGCGAUCCGAAUCGAGGCCUGGAUCAAGCUCGGCGACCUCCCUGUCAGCAAGCAGCUUGGUAUCUGGCCUGCAUUCUGGAUGAUGAGUUCAGCGUACCGAGGCAACUACUGGAACUGGCCGAUGGUUGGCGAAAUUGACAUUCUAGAGAACGUCAACGGCGCGUCGGCAGCGUGGCAGACAAUACACUGCGGGAAAACUGCGCCGGGCCCGUGCAAUGAGUAUACGGGGAUCACCAAUAAGGCGGCGCACCGCUGGAGUGGGUUUCAUAGGUUCUCGGUGGACAUUGAUCGAACGAACCCCGGCGGGAGUUGGAGGGAGGAGCAGAUCGUGUGGAGGAUUGAUGGGAAGGUCGUGUUCACUGUAAAGGGGAGCCGGGUGGAUGAUGAGAAGGCUUGGACGGCGCUUACGCGAACUCCCAAGUACAUUUUGCUCAACGUUGCUGUGGGAGGCUCGUUUCCAGAUGUCUUGGCGAAUCCGAGCUUGGAGAGGACGCCAAAUAAUGCGACGGUUGGAGGGGAGGGGUCGGCGAUGGAAGUGAGAUAUGUGGCUGUCUUCAGUACAUGAAAUAGGAGGUAGUAUCUGAAUGACGGGGAUCGAGUAGACGAAGCCAGUUACAGAUGCUUAACACACUUGAUUAUUUGGC